AUGAUUAUGCAUACAUGCUUAAAAGAUAAAUCAAACCUCCAUGAUGGUUUCUCCCUUUGCUUCUCCUUUGCAUCUGUCAGCCUUCUCACUGUCCCUCAUGGCCUCCCUGAGAACGGCAGCCCAGCACACUCCCAUAAGGGAGCUUUUUAUAAUCAAUCCAUAAAGGUCACCAGCAGUAGGCCCACACGCCUGGGCAUCCUUUCUCCUGUUGCCCACCCACCUGAUCCCAAAACGGAGGAGCCCACUGACCCCACCAUGUCAUCGGACCCCAGCGCCCCGCCGGCAGUGCCACCCCUUCACUCCCCCAAGUCACCGGUGUGGCCCACCUUCCCCUUCCAGCGGGAGGGCAGCCGCAUCUGGGAACGGGGCAACCUCCUGCUACGGGAUCUGCCCAGCCCCCUCCCCACCAAGAGGACCAGGACCUACUCGGCGACAGCGCGUGCCUCUGCUGGCCCCAUCUUCAAGGGCGUCUGCAAGCAGUUCUCUCGCUCCCAGGGCCACGGGUUUAUCACCCCAGAGAAUGGCACCGAGGACAUUUUCGUACAUGUGUCUGACAUUGAGGGAGAGUACGUCCCAGUGGAGGGGGACGAGGUGACGUACAAGGUCUGCCCCAUCCCUCCCAAGAACCAGAAGUUCCAGGCAGUGGAGGUGGUCCUCACCAACCUGGCGCCCCACACGAAGCACGAGACGUGGUCUGGCCAGAUCAUUGGCUCCUAGGCGCCCAGGGGGGCUGCCAGCCACUCAGCCCCAUGGAGCAAGCCUGCCCAGCCGCUCGCAAGGGGUGUGGGGGGAGCCGAGGCAGCGGCGGGGCCGGGGCUGCCCCCAAACAUGCAGGCGUUUGCGUUCAGUGUCUUUUAUAGGGUUAUGGUUUCCUUUCUCUGUGUGUGUUUGUAAGUGUCUGUCGAGGGAGACAGGGGAAACAGAGCCCUCCCUAACUGUCCCCCAGCUCCGGGGGCAGCACCGAGCCCCAUGUUCCAUUCCUUGCUCCUGAGGCCAUAGGGAACAGAGGAACCAGUCCUAAGCCCCAGCCCUCCAGCUCUACUGAGCUGAAGCAGGUGCUGAGAGAAGGAGGGGAAAGCCUGUGUGGCUCGGCUCAUCCUCCAGAACUCCAGUCUGGCAAGAUGGGCACCCCACUUGGUCCACAGUGGCACGGCA